GUAUGUAUAUGUAAAAAUGAAUACUGUACUUAAAUAUAAUGUUCAUUUUUUUUAUUAAGGUAAUGCUAGCACUACGAUUUUACGCUUCUGGAAGCUUUUUGGAAGUGAUAGGAGACACGAUGGGUGUGGAUAAAGCCACAGCCUGUAGAGCAGUAAAUGAUGUAACAAAUGCUCUCCUCUCAAAGAAGGAUCAGUUUAUUAAAUGGCCAGCACGUCAAGAAGAAAGGGAUCGAAAUAAGCAGGGUUUCUUCCGUGGAGGUUUAUUUCCAGGAGUGAUUGGGUGUAUCGAUGGGACACACGUAAAGAUACAAGCCCCAUCGGAGGAUGAACCCGCCUACGUUAAUAGAAAAGGUUGGCACUCCAUCAAUGUGCAAGGCAUAUGUGACCAUGAAGGAAAAUUUAUAAACGUUGAUGCACAGUGGCCAGGAAGUACCCAUGACAGCCACAUGUUCAGAGCCUCUGAUGUCAGUACCUACCUACAAAUUAGACACCGUUCCAUAGAUGACGGUUUUUUACUUGGUGACAGUGGCUAUGCAUGCUCAAAGUUCCUACUUACACCAUAUCUACAUCCGGCUACACCUUCCCAAGAGGCAUAUAAUAGAGCACAUACCCGCACGCGUUGCACUAUAGAAAGGGUAUUUGGUUGGUGGAAGCGAAGGUUUCAUGUGUUACAUGGAGAAGUUCGCAUGAAGCCCGCCAAAGUUUGCAGAAUAAUUGGUGCUUGUGCUAUCCUACAUAACAUAGCUAUCAUGCUCCGGGAGCCAAUGGAAGAUGAUGAAUCUGGUGAAAAUCAGGAAGAUGUUGGUCAGAUGAACUACAAUGGUCCAGAGGAUGGCAGGUCAAUAAGAAACUUUAUAACCACAUCAUAUUUCUGAAGUAUGAAACAUUGAUGAAACACUGCCUGUCUGGCCAUCUCCAAUACAUGCGCUAAAACACGGCUGUUGACUGUUGUCUAGUUCACUUUCUACAAAAGAUCCAUUUGGAGUGCCU